UAAGCGUUGGUUACACAACUCUCCCUGCUUGGCCUCAACCAUUGGGCCACCCGGAUUUCCAUUCUCUGGUUUGUGUACUUUCUUCUUCCCUGUCACGCUCAAACCCUAUUGACAAAUAUCUCAUCACUCUCAAACCCAGACCUCAGAAUUCACAAACACCUCCAGAAUUCAAUUCCAUUAUCAGCCAAAUUCAAUUCAUGGCGACCCCUUUCUUGCUCCAAUCGAAUAUCAAAUGGAACCCUUUGUUACUCCCCUACCCAAUUCGAUUUUCGCCCAUUAAACCCACCAACAACUCUGUUUUUUCAAUCCCAACCACCACCCAAUCCAGAAGAGCUUCUAAUUUGAGCGUCAAAUGCCUUUUCAUGAAGAGGGUUUCGAAGAAUACGAGUACUGAAUUGGUGAACGAAGAGACUGGUGUGAAUUUGUUGGAAAUUGUUGCCAACACAAUCAUGAAAGCCAUCAAGGCCAUGCAGAAGCCGGCAAUAGCUGCGGUGUUGGUUGGGUUGUUGAUGAUGUAUGAUCCCAAUUCGGCAUUGGCCGCUUCGGGUGGGAGGAUGGGUGGUAGGUCAUUUUCUUCGCGGUCGUCGACGUCUUCGUCGUCGGGGAGUUACAGCAUGCGGUCGUCGAGCCCGGGUUUUUCGUCGGGUUUUUCGUACUCGGUGCCGUAUUAUUCCCCUUCGCCGUUUGGGCCGGCAGUGGGUGUUGGAGUGAGCGUUGCUUCGCCUUUCUUCUUGAUCUUUAUGGGUUUCACAGCGUUUGUCUUGGUUUCUGGGUUUCUGUCGGAUAGGUCGGAGGGAGGUGUUCUCACUGCUACUGAGAAGACAAGUGUUCUCAAGCUUCAGAUUGGGUUGUUGGGGAUGGGGCGAUCACUUCAAAGGGAUCUAAAUCGGAUUGCUCAAAUUGCCGACACAUCCACUCCAGAGGGUUUGAGCUACGUUUUGACUGAGACAACACUUGCUUUGCUUCGGCAUCCUGAUUAUUGCAUCUCUGGCUAUUCAUCUGUUGAUGUGAAGCGAAGCAUGGAGGAAGGAGAGAAACGAUUCAAUAAACUUUCUAUUGAGGAACGGGGAAAAUUUGAUGAAGAGACGCUGGUCAAUGUGAACAACAUAAAAAGACAAAGCCCAACAAACCAGAGAGCUAAUGGAUUCAGCAAUGAGUACAUAGUGAUAACAAUCUUAGUGGCUGCUGAAGGAGUGCAUAAGCUGCCAACCAUCAAUAGCAGUGGAGACUUGAAGGAAGCUUUGCAAAAGCUUGGUUCUAUCCCCUCAAGUAGAACACUGGCAGUGGAGGUGUUGUGGACUCCUCAGAAUGAAAACGACACUUUGUCAGAGCGAGAGUUGCUUGAAGACUACCCGCUUUUGCGGCCUCUAUAAAAAUAUAUAAUGUGCUGCUUUGCAGUUUUAAGUAAGAGGUAUGGGCUAAACUGCUAUAAUUAUUCAAGUCUAGUUAUAGGAAGAAAAGUUGUCUAUGAUACAGGGAAGUUUUACAUGUGUGAGAUUGACUAGAUACAUAAAAUUUACUUGAUCUGUAAAUGAACAAGCAGAGUGUAUAUAUCCACUAUGAAACAAAAGCCUUCUUUCACUGUCUUUGCAAUUGCAA